CGAUGGGUGACAAAAAUCAGCCCGUGAUUUUUUCUCACCGUUAUAAAAUACUACCAAGUUGUGGGUGAAAAGUUCAUGGUAUUCUCCAUUCCCUCAAGUUUGAGGACAUCAUGGAAAUUACUUCCCAUCUACUUGCAAUUGCGGGGUUUUUUGUAUUGGCUCUAUUGUACAAUCAAUGGAGGGUGAGAAUUGGUAGUCACAAAAUUAAGGGUAUGUUGGCUCCAGAGGCAUCAGGUGCCUUGCCAAUCAUAGGUCACCUUCAUAAACUACGCGGCCAAAACCCAAUCGCACAAACCUUAGGUGCUAUGGCUGAUAAAGAUGGUCCCAUCUUCAUGAUCAGACUUGGCAUGAAACCUGCACUUGUGAUUAGCAGUCAUGAGGCAGUCAAGGAGUGCUUCACUACAAAUGACAAGGCUUUUGCUACACGUCCAAUGUCUAGCCAAGGAAAGCACCUUGGCUACAACUAUGCAAUACUCGCUUUUUCCAGUUAUGGAAAAUAUUGGCUCAAGAUCCGAAAGCUAAUCAAGCUAGAACUCCUCUCUAGUCGUCGGCUUGAAACGCUAAAGAAUGUGCAAGUAUUCGAGGUGGAAACUGUGAUUAAAGAUUUGUACGCUCUCUGCGAGAGCAACGAGGGCAACCAAGCCAACGUGGUGAUUAGUGAGUGGGUUGAGCGCCUAGCCUUUAAUAUUAUUACUAGAAUGAUAGCAGGGAAGAGAUACUUUGAUAACUUCAGUCAUGGAAAUGAUGGAGAGGCACAAGCCGCACAAAGUAUAGGGAAAAAUAUUAAAGCCUUCAUGUACGCAUCUGGGGUCCCUAUCAUUUCAGAUCUAAUUCCAUUUCUAGGAUGUUUUGAUUUGCUGGGCCAAGUAAAAUCUAUGAAGCGUAUUGCAAGGGAAUUGGACUCUGUAGCAGGAAGUUGGAUUGAAGAACAUAGUAUGAGAAGGCUGAAGGGUAGUGAACCAACCGACAAGCUGGACUUCAUCGAUGUCAUGUUAUCCGAAAUUCAGGAUGAUGCAUUCGGCUAUACGCGUGAAACCAUUAUAAAGGCAACAGCAAUGACUCUCAUCUUGGGUGGCUUUGAGACUACAUCUGUAACCUUGACAUGGCUCCUGUCCAUAUUAUUGAAUAACAAGCACGCUUUGAAGCAAGCUCAGGAAGAGCUCGAUCUCAAGGUUGGUAGAGACAGGUGGGUGGACGACCAUGAUAUCAAAGAUCUAGUUUACAUCCAAGCCAUAGUGAUGGAAACGUUGCGCUUGUACCCACCAAGCCCCCUAUCAGUUCCACAUGAGGCCAUGGAGGAUUGUCAUGUUUGUGGCUAUUACGUCCCAAAGGGUACUCGUUUGCUUGUUAAUGUGUGGAAGUUGCACCGAGAUCCAAGAAUUUGGGAGGACCCAGAAAAGUUUCUACCAGAGAGGUUCCUCACAAGCCAUGCAAGUAUAGAUGCUUCAGGUCAACAUUUUGAGUUGAUACCGUUUGGGUCUGGGAGACGAUUCUGCCCGGGUUACACAUUUGCAUUGCAAGUAUCUUACCUGGCAGCAGCUCGCUUGCUUCAGGGAUUUGAGUUCACAACACCAUCAAAUAUGCCAGUAGAUAUGACUGAAGGGUUGGGUAUUACCUUACCUAAGGCAACUCCCCUUGAAGCUCUUCUCACUCCACGCCUUGCUUCCAGACUCUAUCAAUCCUAGACAGAAAUAUAAACCAUGCUUUCCAAAAGUAUCUGUUUUCAAUAAGCUUGCAUAUGCAAGGAGCUUUAUAGUUCAAUAAUGUCGUUUGUCUCCUUUAUAUGGAGAACUCAGUUCAAUAUCCAUUUGAUUGAAUGUAAUAAUAAUUAUAAAAGGAAAAUAAGCUUGCACGCUAUUUUGACUUCGUGCCA